AUGUUGAGUGAUGACAAACCUCAGGUUUUGGCCACAAAAUCAACUGGACACAUUAAGGGCUGUGUGCUCGAUAAGUUGGCGAUAUAUGGGUUACUGAAUCUCUUUACGGAUAUAACCGCGUGCCGUUGGAAUCCAGAACUGCCAUACGUAACGCUAAUCAUGGGCGUUGUAUAUUUUGUGUGCUGGGUCAUUUACCAACUCACUAACCAGGGCAAAUUACCACAGAUUUUCAAAUCUGUUUGCUUUACCACAUUCUCAUCCAUAUUCACAGGUCUGAGCAAUAUCUGUUUGACUAUGGAUAAUAACGAUAAAUCACCAUCAGUGACUGACAAUGAUCAGGAUCAUUUUGAUAGUUUUAUCAAACAACAUGAAUGCGUUAAGAAUUAUGUGCUCGAUGUGUUGGCGAUAUAUGUUCCCAAAGCGAUCACGAUAAUUUUGACUUAUGGCGUACAAUUGAUGCUGAUUCUACUGGGCUCAAUUUAUGUGACUAACUGUCGGAGCGCACCCGAACUACCUAUUGUGACAAUAAUAAUGGGUACUUUGUAUGCCGUGUGCUGGACAGUCUACCACAACACUGAACCUGGUAAAUUGGCCCAGAAGUUUAAAAUUGCAUGCUACACGAUUGCCAUAUGUGUGUUUAUAGUCUUAUUGGCCGCAUUAUCCCGAGCUAUAUAUUACAACCCCCAGUAUUACCCAUACUGUUCGGGUGCGUUAAUCACACCGGUGUCCACGUUUGUCAUUGUUGUUUUAACCGUGGUGAUUAAAUUGAAGGUGAUUGAUCCGGUGGCUAAAGUGCUAAAGUCAAGAAAAACCUAC